AUGUACUUCUCUGAUAUCAAGGACAACUUACAAUCUGAUGAGUAUACUACAAGAGUAGAGAGGUUCUUCACACACCCAAUGCAGCCACAGGAUUUCGAGAAGAACUGGCACGGUGAUGAUGACGAGAAGACAACACGCAUCAAACAAUUAGAGCUUCAACUGGAGAACGCCAUGGUGGCUUUGUGUCACAAGCGUAAACGAGAGGAACAAUUCGAUGGUGGUUCAGAUGAAGAUCAUGUCGUUUUGGAUGGUGACAAGACUGUCUCUGGCUCUUAUCAAUAA